UUUCAGAAUUCUCCACUUUACCAGUACUUGCAGGAUCUGGGGCACACCGACUUUGAAAUAUGUUCUUCUUUGUCACCGAAAACAGAAACAUGCACGACAGAGGGAAAGCAGAAACCUCCGAGAGUCCUGCCAAAAGCAUCCUGUUAAAAGUGGCUGAAGCUGUCAAGAGUUGGGUAUUUUUUUCUCAGUGCAGUAAGAACGAUGACUUACUUCACAAACUGGAUAUUGGAUUCCGGCUCGACUCACUACACACCAUCCUGCAGCAGGAAGUCCUGUUACAAGAGGAUGUGGAACUGAUUGAGCUGCUGGAUCCCAGUGUCCUGUCUGCAGGGCAGCCUCAACAACAGGAAAAUGGACGCCUUCCAACACUUUGUUCCCUGGCAGCCCCUAGUAUUUGGGAUGUCUCGGUGCUCUUUGCCUCCAUUGGUUUGUUCAUCAUGCUUCCCACUUGGUGGGCGGUCUCUUCCUGGCUGGCAUGGGGCAUGACUCUGCUCGCUUAUCUGGUCAUAAGGGCUUUGCGAUUCUGGAGGACAGCCAAACUACAGGUGACCCUGAAACAAUACAGUAUUCGUUUGGGAGAUAUGGCAACAAACAGCCGAGCUUUUACUAACCUUGUGAGAAAAUCUUUGCGUCUCAUUCAAGAAACUGAAGUGAUUUCCAGAGGAUUUACACUUUUGCUUGACAGGGUCAGUGCUGCUUGCCCACUUAAUAGAGCUGGCCAGCAUCCCAGUCAGCAUCUCAUCGGCCUCCGGAAAGCUGUCUACAGAACCGUAAGAGCCAACUUCCAAGCAGCAAGGCUAGCGACACUCUAUAUGCUGAAAAACUACCCCCUGAAUUCUGAGAGUGACAAUGUAACCAACUACAUCUGUGUGGUGCCUUUGAAGGAGCUGGGCCUUGGACUUAGUGAAGAACAGAUUUCCGAAGAGGAAGCACAUAGCUUCACAGAUGGCUUCAGCCUGCCUGCAUUGAAGGUUUUGUUCCAGCUCUGGGUGGCGCAGAGUUCAGAGUUCUUCCGACGGCUUGCCCUGCUCCUUUCCACAGCCAGUGCCCCUCCCGGGCGCUUGCUCACCCCUGCACUUCUGCCCCAUCGUGUGUUGUCUGACGUGACCCAGGGUCUACCUCAUGCCCACUCUGCCUGCUUGGAAGAGCUGAAGCGCAGCUAUGAGUUCUACCGGUACUUGGAAACUCAGCACCAGGCAGCGCCCUCACGUUCUUCCCAAGCCUCGCCAAAGGCCAGGGAGCUGAGCAGUGUGCACACGGCCGUGCGUAGCCUGCAGCUCCACCUGAAGGCGCUACUGAACGAGGUAAUAAUUCUUGAAGAUGAACUUGAGAAGCUUGUUUGUACGAAAGAGACACAAGAAUUAGUGUCAGAGGCAUAUCAAGUUCUCGAACAGAAAUUAAAGUUGAUUCAGCCCCAUGUUCAGGCGAGCAACAGCUGCUGGGAAGAGGCCCUGUCUCAGGUGGACAAGCUGCUACGAAGGAGUCCAGACAGACAAGGCAAGCCUGAAGUGGCGUGUGAAAACCCGCGCUGCACAGCGGCACCUGCAAGGCAGCCCACUCUGCACAUUGCGGACAGAGACCCCAUCCCUGAGGAGCAGGAAUUAGAAGCUUAUGUAGAGGACAUAGAUAUAGACAGUGAUUUCAGAAAGGACGACUUUUUUUACUUGUCUCAAGAAGACAAAGAGAGACAGAAGCGGGAGCAUGAAGAGUCCCGGAGGGUGCUCCAGGAACUGAAAUCUGUGCUGGGAUUCAAAGCCUCAGAGGCAGAAAGGCAGAAGUGGAAGCAACUUCUGUUUAGUGAUCACGCAAUGUUGAAAUCCUUGUCUCCUGUAGACCCAAUGGGACCUGUAAGUAAUUCAGAAUCAUCAGUGAAUUCAGAUAUGGGAAAAGUCGGUAAAAAUGAUACUGAAGAGGAAAAUAGUAGACCCUCCACAGCUGACUGUGAAAUAAGCAGGACUGAGUAUUUGUGUGGAAGCCCUCUAGAGGGCAGAAAUCGAGACAGUUCUGCACAUGAAGUCUUCCUCCAAGGAGCAGAAGAGAGAACCUGUUGCCAGUGUGAAAGCGCAGGAGAGCCCCAGCCUGCUGCUGGAGGGGGCCCGGGCCCUGCCCCUCCCGCCCCCGGGGACUCGCCCCAGCCCUCCCCCCAGCAGCGGCUGGCCCGCCUGCAGCUGUCCUCGGACUUCACCUUCACAGCCAGCCUGGCUGCCGAGGUGGCGGCGCGCUCCCUCUCCUUCUCCAGCAUGCAGGAGCAGACCUUCGGCGAUGGGGAGGAAGAGCACGGAGCAGAAGAAAGUAGACAGGGGGUCGAAGAAAAGUGAGAGCCAGGAUACGCGGGAAGCGAUGCCGGGCUGCCCUUUGCGACCCUGGCUUCGAGACUGGAGGGGCGGCGGGGGCAGGCUUCCUGGUGCAGGGCUGAGGUGGGAGGCCGGAGCGCCUGGCCUGAGUGGCGGGGCAGAGGGCGUCAGCGCCUGUCUGAGGAGAGGGAAGCAAGGGGGCGCUCUUGAGGGCACUGUGGCUUCGUUGGUGGCACAGCGCAUCAGUCCUGCAAGCUCUUUAAGUAUUUUUAACAAGGAAUGAGUGGUCAUUUCUUGCCAGAAUUUGCUACCAUAAAGUGAUUGGGAUAAUUCUGUUUCAAGAACAUUAAAUUUAGUAUAACUCCUUUUUACUGUAUUCUGGCAGUUGAUAACUGCAGCUGUUAUGUUGAAACCAAGUUGUUUGUAUUUUAUUUCUGUUUAUACCACUCUUAAGACAAAGAUCUGGGUUUUGAAUAAAAAAGUUAAUUCCUACGGUU